AUGGUCCAKAUUGGAGCGCUGUCCAAGCAUAAUGUGGCCAAUAAACUAUACAAGCAAUCUCUUCUCAAUGCUGUUUGUAUAGUGGCCGGAAUUUCCAUUUUCUUUUUUGGUUAUGAUCAAGGUCUGAUGGGUGGUGUGAACACAAAUCGGAACUAUGCUGAAUUGAUGGGUUUUGGUUACUUCGAUGAACAACAGGGCAAUGUUGUGGUGACCAAACCGCUGCUUCAAGGGAGCAUUGUUGCCGUUUACUACCUUCCUGGAACCCUCUUUGGCUGUCUCCUGGGCGGUUGGUUCGGUGAUCGUUAUGGCCGGAUUUCCACAAUCGGCCUGGGCGCCGUCUGGUCGAUUAUCGGCGCCUGUUUGCAGUGCUCGGCACAGAAUGCAGAGUGGAUGUAUUGCGCCCGCGUGUUUAACGGUAUUGGGACGGGCUUAUUGAACGCCGUCACUCCCGUAUGGGCCACCGAAACCGCCGGCCACACAUCUCGAGGCCAGUUUAUCGCGCUGGAGUUCACUCUCAACAUUUUCGGAGUCGUUGUGGCUUAUUGGAUUGAAUUUGGGACUUCCAAAUACUAUGACCCCGUCUCAUCCUUCAUUUGGCGAUUCCCCAUCGCCUUUCAGAUCGUGCCACUAAUCAUCCUCGCUGUCAUAAUCUGGUUCAUGCMCGAGUCACCUCGAUGGCUUGUUAAAGUGGGCCGCGAGGAAGAAGCACGCUUUAUCCUAGAACGUUUGCGAGGCGCAGAUGGCGACCUAGCCGCAGCCGAAUGUAAUGAUAUCGUUCGCAUCAGCAAUAUGGAAAAGGAAACCGCCAAGCAGCAGAGCUAUUUCCACAUGUUUUUUGGCAUCGGGUCGGGCAAACUUCACAUCGGUCGCCGCGUACAGCUGGUAAUCUGGCUGCAAAUCCUGCAAGAGUGGAUUGGCAUCGCCGGUAUCACCAUCUACGGCCCUAAGAUAUUUGAAAUCGCUGGCAUUUCGGCUGGUGACCGCCUUUGGGUGACCGGCUUGAACGAUAUCACAUAUAUGUUCGCCACCUUGAUCUGUGUCUUCACCCUGGACCGGAUCGGUCGGCGCUGGACCCUCUACUGGGGUGCGGUUGGGCAGGGUAUUUGCAUGUUCCUCGCUGGAGGCCUUGCCCGUGCGACMAUGGAGGCCAGCCCAAGUUCCCGUGGGGCUGUCGGUGGUGCGGCCACCUUCUUUGUGUUUCUCUACACCAUGAUCUUUGGUGCCACUUGGUUGACUGUGCCUUGGUUGUACCCUGCCGAGAUCUUCCCCCUGCAGGUCCGUGCUCGCGGUAAUGCAUGGGGGGUCGUGGGAUGGUCGAUCGGUAAUGGUUGGACGGUACUUCUCCUUCCGACCAUUUUUGAGCGACUCAACGAGAAGACUCUGUACAUCUUCGGCGGAGUGAACUUCCUCAGUAUCCUCAUCGUGUGGGCGCUGUAUCCUGAAUCGAGUCAAAGGACGCUGGAAGAGAUGGACCUUGUUUUUGCUAGUGAUAGCAUCUGGAACUGGGAGGCAGAGAAAAACUUUGCCAAACUCAAAGCGGAAAACCCCGACCUAAUUCAGACAGGGAAACGGACAAACAGCGUGAUGGACGCGGAGAAGGGCGUCUUAUCUUCUCGAAGAGGGAGCGGUGCUUCCCUGACCAAGUCCAAGCCAGAUGCGUGCCAGGUGGCUCAGAUCGAGGGGAAGUAG